UUAAGAAUUGAUAGGUGGUCGAGUUGUGUUUGGCCGGGUGGAUAUGCGCAAGCAAAGUCGAGGAGCUUUAGUCCCCCUCUCUUAUGGGAUUAUUGCCAGCGAUGGACAGAGAGAGGAAGGAGGAACAACGUCUGGCGUUUCUUGAUUUUCACGGUUAUAAACGCGCAGAGCAUCUCAGAGGGAAACUGACCUUUUAAUCAUCGCAUUAGGGAACAUUUAAUAACGUUUGAAGGUGAGAAAAGUUGUUUGGCCGGGUGUUAUAGAGACACCGCAGUGAAGGGACCCAAAAAGAGGCGCAACCAUGACGACCGAGAGCUCCAAGCAACAUUUGGAUCCAUCCAAUCCUCUGCGCUCCAGUCCUACAGCCGGUGCUCUGGACGCAGCUCUGCUGAGCGCACAGCCGGUGAUGGAGAGCGCACAGAAUGCAUCGACCAAAUGGAAGAAGGGAAACUCUGGCUUGAGGCGCCCCGAAAAGCCUCCCUACUCGUAUAUAGCCCUCAUUGUGAUGGCAAUUCAAAGUGCACCGAGCAAAAGACUCACUUUGAGUGAAAUCUAUCAGUUCCUGCAGGCCCGCUUCCCUUUCUUCAGGGGAUCAUACCAGGGAUGGAAAAACUCUGUCAGACACAAUCUGUCUCUGAACGAGUGUUUUAUAAAGCUGCCCAAGGGUCUCGGCAGACCUGGAAAGGGGCACUACUGGACCAUCGACCCGAGUAGUGAGUUUAUGUUCGAGGAGGGCUCCUUUCGUCGCAGACCCCGGGGGUUCCGUAGGAAAUGCCAAGCUUUGAAACCCAUGUACAGGAUGAUGAAUGGUAUCGGGUUCGGUGCGUCCAUGCUGCCGCAAAACUUUGAUUUCCAGUCACCUUCAGGCUCAUUAGCAUGUCAUAACAGCUAUAACAUAGACCUGAUGGGUAACACUGUGCCAGGUGCCUUCGAGGGACUCGGAGGGGGACACCACGUGCCACACAUGUCAUCAGGAUCAGGGUCUUCGUACAUGGCCGCUUGUCAGGUGUCCUCCAACGUGGACUAUUGCCCUGACAGCAGCAGCAGCCCCCUGCAGUCCCCCCAAGCCAUGGUAGGCACUUUGGACUGUCAGUCUCCUUAUUCGAAUGCAGCCUCACACUGGAGUUCACCUGGUGUGUCUUCAUACAUCAAACAGCAGUCGCUGGCAUCGAGCAGUCCCACUUCUUCUGCUCUGCACACGGGAAUGUCAUCUUACUCUCUGGAUCAAGGCUAUCUGCACCACAAUGCACGAGAUUCCUCUGAGAUUUCAGUGGGACUGUCUCGGUAUUCCAGCCACUCAGCUCCUGUGUGUGACAGGAAGGACUUCGUUUUGAACCUAAACGGAAUCUCUUCUCUUCAUCCCAGCACCGGCAGCUCUUACUAUCAUCAGCUUCAUCACCAUCACCAGAGCGUCUAUCAGGACGUGAAGCCGUGUGUCAUGUGACAAACCCCCCAAAGGGAGAGCUGUCAAGAACUCUUCUGCUAAAUUCAAUCCAAUUUCAUCAGAAUCUUUGGUAAAAAAAAUAAAAAAUAAAAUUGCAUUUCCUUCCUGCUUCAGUCUCGAAGCAGAGACAGUUCUCCUCAGCGACAUUUGUUAACCGGUUAAUGAUGAUUAUGAUGUGAGGACUUUCACACUCUCGUUACAUGACUUUAGCCACAUGGAUGAGCACUAUCAACAUUUUUACUGCAAAAAUACAUAACGUACACGUACCUGAAAUUAUCUUUAUUCAUGCAUCUAAUUUUGUUUUCUUGAAGUUGGUGAAAUUGUCGCUGUUUUCCUGCAGAAAGCCAUUA